UUUUUUUUUUUGGUCUGGAAUUAUGAAUGUUGUAAAAGAAAUCCAACGCAUCAACCAAAAGGAAAUCCUUAAUGGCAACUGGGAUAAAGGAUCAUGGCAUGAUCAAUACAAGAAUUCAGCGUGGAUUUUUGCAGGCAACAUUCCUUUUGACUUGACAGAAGGUGAUGUUGUCUGUAUUUUCUCACAGUUUGGUGAGAUUAUUCAUAUCGAGCUGAUUCGUGAUCAAAAGACAGGCAAAUCAAAAGGAUUUGCUUUUCUUCAAUACGAAGAUCAACGCAGUACCGUCCUUGCAGUCGAUAAUUUGAAUGGUGCCGAUAUACUUGGUCGAACAUUACGCGUCGAUCACUCACAUACAGGCCCUAGAAAGCCUAAAAAGAAAGAUGGGGAAGAAUCCGAUGAUGAUCAUCAACCCAAGAUGAAUGUCGCACCUGAACUUAUUGAAGUCAUGGCCAAAGAAGAAGAAGAAGAAAAGACACCCAAAAUAAAGCCUAUUGAAGUAGACAAUGAAGACCCAAUGGCUGCUUAUUUUCUGGAGAAGCAUGAAAAGAAAUCUAAAAAGAAAAGCAAAAAAGAACAUAAGCACAAAGAGCAUAAAUCAUCCAAAAGAGAUAGAUCUUCAGAUAGGCAUCGUAAAGAAGACAGACAUUCUAGAGAGGAUAGACGCUCUAAAGAAGACAAACAUUCCAGAGAGGAUAGAUAUUCUAGAGAGGAUAGAUAUUCUAAAGAAGACAGGUACUCUAGAAAAGACAGACAUCGUUCAAGAUCUCCUCGUCGUCCCCCUGUUGAUCGCUCAAGAUCUCCUUAUGGUCGCUCAAGAUCCCCUCGUCGUCGUUAUUAAAUAAUAAUAAUUUUU